AUGAGCGGCGGAGGAAACGGCGCCGUGAACAGAGUGUUCUACGCGACGUCGUAUCAUCCGAUUCAAGCCGGAAGUAUCGACGGGACCGACGUUGCGCCACACGAUAACGGCGUCCGUCGAGCUCUCCUCUGUUACAACGCCGGUCUAUAUGAUCCUUCUGGCGAUUCGAAAGCCGUCGGAGAUCCUUACUGUACUCUCUUCGUGGGUCGCAUCUCUCAUCUCACUACGGAGGAUACUCUUCGAGAGGCUAUGAGUAAGUAUGGCAGGAUCAAGAGCUUGCGCUUGGUCAGGCACAUUGUGACAGGUGCUUCACGAGGAUACGCCUUUGUGGAGUAUGAGACUGAAAAGGAGAUGCGCCGUGCUUAUGAGGUUCUGUCUCUUGCUUUGUUCUGCUCUGAUGCUCAUCACUCCUUUAUCGAUGAUAGGGAGAUUAUUGUUGAUUAUAAUCGGCAGCAACUGAUGCCUGGAUGGAUACCAAGAAGAUUAGGAGGUGGACUCGGUGGAAGAAAAGAAUCUGGACAACUUCGUUUCGGAGGACGAGAAAGACCAUUCCGCGCUCCUUUACGGCCGAUCCCUCAUGAAGAUUUGAAAAAGCUCGGCAUUCAACUCCCGCCCGAAGGAAGAUUUAUGUCGCGUACUCAGAUCCCUUCACCACCUAGGAGAAAAGCAAGUGUGUCGGAUAGAGAGGAGGGAUAUUAUGAAGAACAGAGUUCUGAAGAAAGGGAAGAAGAGGUUAAAAAUUCUAUUCACAGCCACAGGAGGAGCUCACACACACGAAGUUCCCAUAGAAGCCGCAUCAAAGACAGAGAGGAGCGUUCCGAGAAAGAGUCUCGUUCUGAUAGGAAAGAGAGAUCGCGAGGGAAAGCAGAUCGAUAUGGUGACAGUAAGGAACAAGUUUCUGGCACUAGUAGAAGAUCACACGACGACACACAAGAAGAACGCUCUCACAAACGUCAUAAAUAUUAUUGA